AGACACACCUUUCUUCUCUCCAUGACCAUAACUGUCCUCCGAAUUCUUUCAAUCUGAUAGGCUUACAACUUUUCUUCACUGAGCGUGUCUGGUAUCAUAUAUCUCAUGAUGGCUACCACAACUACAGACCCUAGGAUCGAUCCCACAACAGGGAGACCAUACCACCGCCUCAACUUUCCACCCUUUCCAUCUCUUCUCCACGGCGAAUCACUUCCUUCCUUUGACGAAUUUCUUGCAAGCAAACCUCCUGUUGGCAUUGUCGUGCCCCUUUCCGAGGAAGCCCUCGACGCUGACGAUUACGUCGAGCGCGAUGCCCAUGGCGUACCUACUGUCGCCUUGCUCAAGGUCCACGAUACUGAUGAGAUGCCGAGGAAGAAGAAGGUAAAUGGCGUCCUCGCAACGGCUGCUGCUGAACCGAAUAUGCCUCCGGAUCCCGAGGAGUAUACCAGUGGCAGAAAAAAGUUUCCUUGGGAGGAACAGUGGGACGCCACGGAGUCGUCUAGGCGAAAUGCCUAUGACCCGAACGUACAUCCCGUUGAUCGCAUGCGCGAAGCUGCCGAUGAUUUCCGCUCUGGAAGACCCUGGCCCGGACCUGGAAAAGCGAGCGUCGGACCUCUCAUGAACCUAUGGAACCAGUUCCUACUCUAUGCCGGCCUGCACCAGCAUGCCCCCGGCCCCGGAAAAAAGAAGACGUCUCAAGUUGUGGCCGCUCAAACCCCCGACUCUGAAGGUUCCGACUCCGAAGGGGACGACGAAGACCUCGAUGUAACUAACGUUUCCAUACCCGCAGAUAUCGUUGACGAAUCGCCUGUCGUAAACAAAGGGACUGGGCGGAAGAAAUCAAAGGUGGUGAAGGACGCGGAGAAGUUGAAGGGGCUGACGUUUCAGCAGAAGUUGGAGUUAAGGAAGGAGGAGAAGGACGCGAAGAUACUGGCUUUCUUUUACGACCCGGAGAAGAAUAUCAAAAUCUUCUUCUCGAGCUACUUCAGGGACCGGGGCCUACUUUGGUCCGAAGGCCGCUGCCACUCCCUCCCCAUUCUCGUAUCUUUCUUCCUCGCGUACCUCAUCCGCUCUUCCACCUUCCCGGAACCAGACUUCAACGAGCCCCUCGUCGAAGCUCUCCGGAUCGCCAAACAAGCAAAGCUCGAGCUCCAAAGGACCUUCAAGAUCUCACGCACAAUUGGUAUGCAAGAUGCAUUCAGCGAAGGUUGCAUCACACUUUGGGGAACGAGAAAGGCGAGCAUAGACUGGGGUGGCUUCGGUGACGGGGCAGGUAUUGAUAAGAAUAGCGAGGAAGCAGUGCAGAAGGGGGCGACGAUCCAGGAGGUUGAAGACGAAGAAGAAAGGGAAGCAAAGAGGAGGAAGCUUGCUUCCGACGACAAUUCCGGCCCCAUUUUGUUGGAGGCCAUCGCGGAAGGCGCGCCCGUUAUCGACACUGCCGCUCUUCUCGACAACCCAGAACUCGCACCAACCCCGGAAUCAGAUUCACCUGGAUGGGGUUCAGGAAACGCUGGGACAGGUUGGGGCUCUGGUGCCGGUUCUGGCUCGGGAUGGGGCGCGGGUGAGGGAGCAGGAACUGGUUGGGGUGGCGAUGGCGAUGUGGACAUGAACGGUGCAGACGGGACUGAGGACGAUACGUGGACCAUCGCACCCGUCGUACUUUUCCCGCUUCUUGGCCCGACCAACUUACCUCACACGCAUGAAACCGGGAUCGUCGAGAAUUCGACCAGGCGUAUCGUUGAUUUCUUCGAUCCUGUCGAUGUCUCCACUCCCUCCGAGACUUUGUUGAGUGGAAGUGCGGCGGCGGCGGUGGAGGAUGAGUUGGAGAGGCGGUUCGCGAGGGUUGUGUUGGAGCCGUGGUUCAAGAGGGGAGACAAGGUGCCGAAGAAAACGGAUGUGAUUGUACCGGAGAUUCUCGAAACCAGCCAAGGGAAGGUCGUCGGCGAGAGUGGCAACACCAUACUCACACGCGUCAACGACAAGGACGAGUUCGAUCCGUGGAUGGACGAGGUAGUGUUGCUCGUGGAGAGGAGUGUGAAGGACGUGCUGCUUAAGGGGAUGGGUUUGGGUGCGACUUGGAUUGAGAUUAAGAGGAUAGACAGUGAUGAGAGCGACAGAGUCAAGAACGAUGCGGAUGACAAGGGAAAGGGGAAGGGGAGGGGGAAAGGGAAAGGGAAAGGAAAGGUGGCGGAAAAGAGGAAAAUAUUUGUGUAUAUGGAGCAGAUGGUCCACGUUCUGCCCAGCUUCCACAUGGAUCCAGAUGAUGAGGCGUUGUAGGGACACAUACUCUUUUGGAAGGCAUUGUCACCAUACUGACUCGGAAGUUUAUGGAUUGGAUGUUUUCUACUAUCGUGUACUUACUGUAACCAUACUUCGAGGUGCUUUCGUUCGCUUACCUGGCCUAGCCGUCUUUGCUUGUAUAUAUGAUG